CUUAUUUAUCCCUUUCUUCUGUUACUAUCCCCUGAUUUGUCCCCUUAUAACUGUCAGAUUCUUAAUUAUUAUUAUCAUUAUUUUUGCAUAAAGGAUAAAGAAAAAGAAAAACAAAAUUAAGAUAGUACUCAUUGAAAAAUAAUCAGUUACCAUAUUAUUCCCCCCUUCCAAAAAAAAAUGCAACAGAUGAAUGAAGAAUUACUUUCAAAUCCCGCUGGACAAGAACUUCGUUCUACUGACAGACCAAUGUAUGGUAUGGCCAGUGUUAAUGUUAAUGGUACAAUAUAUAUGUAUGGAGGAUUUUAUGGUGUUUCACCUUGGAAUAUGGAAGCUCUUUGGACAUUACCUUCCACCAUUGAACCAAAACAAUUAACACAAAUCAAAACUGAUCCGAGUGCAUCACCUGUUCUGAUAUAUAGUCAACUUAUUCACCCACCUGGGAGUUCCUUUUUAUAUACUUUUGGUGGUCAUCAUCCUGCCACCAGUAACAAUGGCAUUGGUGAUGUUGGGAAUAAAACAAGUAUUUUAACCACAGGAAAUAGGAACUCUGUGGUUUUACCUAGUGUGGCGAUUCCUGCAACACCGGCGGAUAAUCAAAAAAAUACCACUGUCCCCGCAUCAUGCACUAUGGAAACAUUAAGAUACUAUCGAUACGAUAUAAAUCUAAAUGUAUGGUCUCCUUUGAAGGUAGACAAUAACACCAACAGCAAUAACACUAACAACAGUAAUAAAGAAGUAGAAAAGGAACUUCUAACUAUGCCAUUGGUCCCUUUGGAACGAUAUUGGCAUACAGUUACAUUAGGGCUUACACACAUAUCAUCGUCAUCAUCAUCAUCAGAACCAACUGCUUAUCUCUUUGGAGGAAUGAAUACCACAGGUCCUGUCAAUGAUUUUUGGCAAUAUGAUUUUAACUCUAAUCAUUGGACCCCUUUAUCAUUACCUUCAUCUUCAUGGCAAGCUAGAUGUGGCCAUACAGCAAAUAUGUUAAGUGAUGGCAAGUUGGUGAUCCUUGGAGGAUAUCCAUGCAUUGGAAACUAUACAACUAAUCCGGUUCUACCUAAAACAUUGAUUUCAUUGGAUCAUGCUGUCAUUUAUGAUACAAAUGCCCAGGUUUGGUACAAUCAAACUAUCGGCGGACCCAUCAUUCCCGAAGCAAGAACCUAUCACAGUUCAGUAACAACAAAAGAUGAUCAAAUCAUGAUAUGUGGUGGGCAGGAUGGUGCGGCUCAACCAUUUCAAACUUAUAUUUCUGCUGGAGGUGACCCUUCAGCUAUGACCGCGGUUCUUGAUACGCAUGUAUGGGAAUGGUUAAUUCCAACUCCUUCACCUUAUCAGCCUUUUCCUCGUUCUUUCGCAUCUGCCGUUUUGGUGAAUGAUACUAAAGUUGUGAUCGGUUUUGGUAUCAAUUAUCAUACUAUUUAUGACGGAAUGUACAUCUUUGAUGUAGUACGAGGAUCUUGGUUACCUUCUAGUCAACCUGUUCAUAAACCUAUAGGGAGUAAUAUUGCUCUUAUUGCAGGUUUAGCAGUGAUGGCAUCCUUUGUUGGUGCUAUCUUCUUAGUCGGUAUGAGUCUGGUAGUAAAAAAAUUGAAAAGUCGAAUAUGCGAUUUCUCAAGAAAAGUGAAAAACGAUAUAUGGAAUCCAAGGGCAGGAGAACCACUAUGGGCAGAGAUGAGUCGGUUGCUAUUUCGUAUCAUGUUUCUAGCUGUAUUCUCCACAGUGGUUGUCGUUUUGAUUCUACAAGUACGAAAUAGUCCUAUUAUUGAUCAAAAGUACUACGUUCAUAAUGAGGAAUAUACAGUCGAUGUACCAGAUAUAAGAUUCUGUUUUGAUGGAUGGACAAAUGAUAAUAGUGUUGUAUGGCCAUAUAUUCAAUGUGCUACUGAUUUUGGAGAUUCCUGUUCCCAAUACCUGAUGGAUAUCUCAAAAAAUGUAGAGACAGGAUUAAAUUAUUAUGGCACGACCUUACGAUGUUAUUUAUUUCGUGCACCUGUUUCUUUCCGCCUGGGACGCACAAAUGAUCGAAUCAUCAGCAAUGGUUCCUAUCUCAAAUUUUAUUAUUAUGGUGAUCGUCUUUCAUCGAAUGAAUCUCAUCUUCAUCUUGUGUUCUACAAUAAAUAUCAUAAUCCCAAUCUACCGGUGUAUCACAUUGAAGACCCUUAUAAUCUUCCAUUCUCUUGGUAUAGCGACAGUGAAGAUGCACAAUUUCAAUCGGCAGAAGAAGAAAAUUUACGUACCGAGAAUGCCUUUGAUCUGAACCCAAAUGUAGGUAGUACUAGUAGCUUUGCUACGAUUGAACGAGAAGAGAUUCAAUCUACCAAUUUCUGGAACUAUGUAGGCAUUGCCUCUGUUCACAAGCGUGCCUAUGAAAUUGAAAGUAAGGCAGUAUCUGAAACAGUAACGACUGUUUAUGCAACGGAACCUCAGCCGUUAGGAUCACUUCAUGUAUUUCCUGCAAGCUAUGAAGUAACUGUGUUACGUGAACAGCGAGCAUUUACUUUGGUCAACGCUAUGGGUAUCAUUGGUGGUAUAUUCGGUCUUAUUGUCGGUCUACAAGCUUGCCUUUUUGGGUAUCGUCCGCGCAGUCCAAUGGGAUUAAUUCAUCGUAUGGGAAUGGGACAAAUGCGAUGGUCCAUUUCUCAAGGUUUAUUGGCUACCCGAUUUGAUUCAUUACAAACUCCUGUGCCGAUUGUCAAUCCUGUUCAUCGAAGAUUCUCUCAUCUCGAUAUCAAACGAUUCCCUCAUCAUCAUCAUCAUUCAAACAUGGAUUCAUUUUCUGAAAAUGAAUACUAUCAUUCUCCACCUCUACCUUUUCCACAAGAACAUCAUCAUUAUCAUCACCAUCAUCAUUCUCAUGAUAAUAAUACUAAUCAUCUUCAUAGUAAUAACGAUAAUAAUAAUGAUUUGAGUGGUAUGAUGGAAAAAGAAAUGACUUAUGUUAGGACUAUGGUUGCUGAACAGGAUGAAACUCGACUAGCACGUAUGGAAGAACGAUUGCAAUUGAUGGAACUUUUAUUCAAGUCAUAUUAUAUUAAUGAUGAGGUAUUUCAAUCUUUGGAUAAAGCCAUCAAAAAGGAAGAAAUAAAAAAACAAUUGGCAUCGAUGGCUGCGUAUAGUAAUCCCAAUGCGAAAACAAAGACAACAACAGGGGCAUCAUCAGUCAACACAACUAAUACUACGUCCUCUAUUGAUUCAAAACACAUAAUGGGUAACAACUAUAGAUCAAGAAAAAGAUGGUUCUCUGCUUUUCGAAAUAGAGAAGACAAAUUUUGGAGUCAUGAUACUUCAACAGUUUCAUUAGAAUCUCAACCUCUACCUUCUUUAGCCAAUCCUACUCGUGAUUUUGUACCUACCACUACUCCAUCUCCAUCUACCAUUUAACGCAAUCAU